GAUAAAAUUAUUACCCUGUCCCUUAACCUUGGGUUUGUGCCAUCUAUUAAAAAAACAAAAAUAAUGCCAAGCUAGAAUCAAUCUUGGUCUCGUUCUCAAAUGUAAAUUAAGCAAAUUUCAAGGGUUUCAAAUAAUUUUCCCUUCUACGAAAUUUGCUAUGAUAAAAAAGGCCAAAAUAGUUCAAAGUGAAUUUGAUCAGAAGAGAAUCCCCGAGCAAAGCACUCGAUAGACACAGAAGAAGAAGCACAAGGCCAGUAAUGGAUUUCGCAGAGCAAGAGGUUGAUUUAUUUGGGGAAGACUAUGAGGAGGAUCAAGAAGAUAGAGAGAACAAUGGUACCCAUAGAUCAUCUCCCUCUUCCUCUUCUGCAUCAUCGUCAUCUGGUUCAUCGUCAUCUUCGGCGGCUUCGUCUUCAUCCAACAGUAGUGAUGGUGGGGACAGCAGCAGUGCCAGUGGGAGCGCUAGCAGCGGAGGGGAAGAAGAGGAAGAGAACGGUGAAGAAGUAGAGAAUAACAAGUUUGAUAAUUUUGGGGAUUAUAAUGAAGAGCAAGAAGAUAGAGACCUUUUUGCCUCUGAUAAUGAUGAUUAUGUAAAAACCCCUGCCAUUAGCCCUUAUUCUAUUCCUGUGUUACCUGUCACACGCAAUAUCAACAACCAGGGAAGAGGGAAUUUUGGACGUGGCCGUUGGCAAAAUGACAGAGGAGCAGGCCUUCUUCCCCGACCUGGAUUUCCUCCACGGCAGGGCUAUGGCUAUGGUUCAAAAUUUUCAAAUGGUCAUCGUGAUGAACGACUUGUUUCUGAACUAAAGUUCUCAAAGAGUGAGGAAACAUUAUCAAGAAAAAUGGUUGCUUUUCAGGCGCCAUGUGAACUUGCUUGCUAUAGUCGUGUAGAAGGUGGAGAUGUCUACUUUGACGAUCGCAGCUUGAGGCUUUUUAGGCGUUAUAUUUCCGAUGAUGUUGGAGCUGAUCUAAAUGAGGGUUUUGAUACUUUCAUUGAGAAAAAAGAUUUGGGCUCUGAAGGAUUUGGUAACCUCCUUGGUUCCAUAAGGGCCAAAAAUAUUAUGCUUCAAAACAUGCAUUUUGUGACUUUCCGUAACAACCUGAAUAAGAUCUUGGCAACUGCUUAUAUUCGACAUGAGCCUUGGGAAAUGGGGGUACACAAAAGGAAUGGGGUUGUCUAUCUUGAUGUGCAUAAAUUACCUGAAAGGCCACAAAGUGAGUUAGAUCGUCGAAGAUGUUAUUGGGGAUAUUGUUUUGAGAGCCUGGCCACUGAAGAUCCAAGGAGGGCUGAUGGAGAAGGGAUACAUCAUGUUGAUGCCAAUGUUGAAUACUGUUCUGUGCUUAAAACCAAAUUAGGGGCUCAUCGUAUUCUCAUGGGUGCUGAAAUGGAUUGUUGUGAUUCAACUGAUGAUGGAAAGAGGUUUUACGUGGAGUUAAAGACAAGUCGUGAGCUGGAUUACCAUACUGAGGAAAGAUUUGAGAAAGAGAAACUGCUCAAGUUCUGGAUUCAAUCAUUUUUGGCUGGGGUUCCUUACAUUGUUAUUGGAUUUAGGGAUGAUGCUGGUCGCCUUGUCCGCACGGAGAGACUGACAACUAAGGACAUAACAAACAGAGUAAAAGCAAAGAAUUAUUGGCAGGGAGGUGUCUGCCUAGCAUUUGCUGAUGAGGUAUUAUGCUGGCUUUAUGGAACAGUCAAGGAAAAUGAAGAUUACAUUUUGCAGUUUGCUCCACCUUUCACGCGUUUAGAGCUUCUGCAAGCCCAAUCUUGCCCAGAUGCAAUUACUAACCAUGUUAUGCAAUUGUAAAGCAUUUUGGGAAAUGUUGCUUAAAUAAUUAGAACACAGAUUUAAAAAGGGGUUAAGUUUUUUUUCCAUUGAAUAUUAUAGUUUCUCUAACAUGGUCUGAAGCAGAUCACUGCUGUGUCAGUAUACCAUGAAUUGGUUUUCGCGGAAUGCCAUAGGUUCCUUUAUUUUU